AUGGCAGAAGUUAUAGAAAACGAUUUGGUAUACGAGAUAGAUGACGCAGGUCAAAGGGUGCUCGUGAGAUCAACGGAAUCUAUUCAAAGAGCUUAUCUUCGUUUCACAAAUAAAACUUCCCGUCAAAUCGACGUGUGGUGGCGGGAUUUUCAUGGGGCAAGGCGCCACUAUGUCCGUUUGGAUCCCGGCACGUAUUUUGAUAUAAAUACAUUUAUAACGCAUCCAUGGGAGUUUACCGAUGUAGCGACAAAAGAGAGGUAUGUGAUCAACAAUAAGACUAUUUAUAGGCCUCCUAGAAACAUUGGUGGCAUGAUGUACAGGACAAAUUGGAAUAUUACAAUAGGAGUCCGAUCGCUCCGUAGGACAGCUUUGUUGUUCCUGGCAUUGAACCUAGUAGACACAUGUGAUGUGGAAACUUUAGAGCUCCCACAGGUGCUUACACAAGAAUUGGGACAACUGAUUGAAAUCUUGCAUCAAGAACCUUUUUUAGGGUUAAGCACUUGA